AAAAUCUUCGACCUCCAAUCCACACAGUGGCACUAGUGCACCAUUUUCUUUGCCAUCUCUUAUAAAUUGAAAACGGAAUAAGAGUCACUUCUGUCCUUGAAGAACAACAUUGCAGGCAAUAUGGUUGCGUACUGGAGACAAGCAGGCCUAAGCUACAUUCGCUUCUCGGCGAUUUGUGCCAGCGUUGUACGGGCAGCCAUGAAGCCCGCAAUAAAAGUGGAGGCCCUCAAAGCCGCUGAGUCCAAUGUCAAAGUACUCCGACCGAAGACGGCAUGAGCCAUGAAGCUGUUAGAAGACCCAUAGCGCGAAACGUUCCCCAGUAUGUCUGUAAUCAACAAAAGCAAUGGAAAAUGACAUCGUAAUUGCUUUUCAAAGAUCCACCAUUAAAUAUGUUCUUAAAUGUU